GUACACGCCCUUUCGUAAUGCAGCAUGGGGGAAAGAUGGUAAAAAAAUGAAGGAUUCGUUGCGGAAAAAAGGCUCAAUAUCAAAGUAGAACAAACGAUUCCUGCGCAUUUACGGAUGGGUAUGUCAGUGUUUCCCCUACCAUUACCUGAUGGAGGCGCCCCGCCCCGCCCCACCCCGCCCCUACAACGGCACUUCCCGCCCGCUUGAAGGUCAAGUUAUUUAAAUGUUUUAUGUUGGGUUAGAUCACAAGAGAAGUCAUUUAAGGUUAUCUUUCCUAUAUAACAUGUCUAUACCUUGUUAUCGUAUUAAACAAACUAAAUAGCAUUAUGUUAUUUACAUGGCGGCAUGUCAUUUCUGAUUCUACGUGGUCGCGUAGCCUUUACAAUUCUCCUCUGCUCUCUGUAUUGAGUUCUGACCCGAUGCACGCGCACACACACACACACACACACACACACACACACACACACACACACACACACACGUGCGCUCACAUACACCGGUAAGCACACUUUCACCAGUGGACAGAGAGCGCGUGUGGGAAAAUAUGUCGCGUCAACCACCUGAAAAGCAGAUUAAAAAAAUUGCGUUUUUAAACGCUCCCAGGGUGGUGAAAAUACGCAUGCCCUGCCCCUGACUACAGGGUUUUUCCUUGCUCAAAAUGAGGCGGAGGUGGUGCCAUCCUGAUCUUGUACACACACACGUAGGCCUACCGUACCUUUAAGUGGCUUAAUCAAAGUGACUUUGAGUAAAAUUAGAUAAAAAUGACAACCAUUAAGUUAUAUAAAACAUUACUUUUAUUCAACCAAACAGAAAUGUUUUUUUAAUAAAAUAAAGCUUUUCUAUCAUUUUCAACUAACUUUUCAGCCCACAAUAGCCAACUGAAUUAACCAGUCUUACUAAAUGAGCAAAGCUCAUUCACAUCUUGCAUUCUCUGUGGUUCACUUUAAAUGAUUCAAGGAUCUCUUAUAUUCGCUAGUGACUAAAAAGUUCAAUAGUUUAAAUGAAUCUGUUCAAAUGAGUCAUUCGUGUGCGAGUCGUUCUGAACGCAAUGUGCGUUCAUACUGGCGAACUCGCUGUGUACAGUAUACGCUGAUUCAACGAUCCAACUGCACAGCUAAAGACAUUACAAAGAUGUACGUCAUGUUAACUUAAUAAAUUUCAGGAAAUUAAACGUACUUGGAUCAGUGGCGUAACUUUGUUUUGAAAAGUGGUGGGGACAAAGACGACACAAACAAUACUUUAAUAAAUUGUUUCUGUAUGAACUCGUUGGGAAUAUUCAUGGUCGUCACAAGCGCGAAACAUGUAGGUGACUCCUCAAGAAAACAGUAUAAAAACUGCGCCGCUUUAUCGAUGGCUUCAGUGGUGUAACAUUAGUGCGAAAGACGCAUGACAAGUAAUAUUGAUACUGCCGUGAAGCAAGUUCGAAUCCGCUGAUCUCACUAUUCUAAAUUUUCACAUCACAUAUCAGAUCUGCUUCCAUUUGUUUUUAAACUAUAUCAUGUUUUCAUCAAUAUAUAAUUUAAAGCAUGUUGUGCUUUAUUUUAUGUAAGGAUGGCUGUUGCCGUACGUAAUUAAACGUAUUAAUUCGUGAUUAAACAAAAACUACUGAAACGAAUGUGUUUUCCCCAUGUUAAAAAUUUGGUGUUUGACAACCCCCUGCUAAUAAGGACAAACAUUCAAGUAUACAGGGGAAACAGAUGGAAAAUAAUAUCUUUAAAAAAUCAUAUUUUCACUAAUUACUACGGGCAUUGCCUGAUAGGCUACAAAUAUACAACAAACUUUCCAAAUUUUGUUUUGAACUCAUGAAACUACAAAGUUGUGACUUUUUCCAUUUAUUGGAGUUUUCUAUCAAUUAUCAAAAUGUAAUUAAUCUUGCAAUAGGCGAUAGCAACCGCAUGUCGAGAACAAUAAGGACGAAUAUUUAGCACCAAAGUGCAAUUAAGCGCAAAAUGUUUGGUACAUGUAUGACUUGAACAGCCAUUUUCACAUAUUUUCAUAAUUUUAUUAAAAAUAAAUACUUUUACAAUCUGAUAUGUGAUAGGGAAAAAGUUCAGCAAACAGCAGUCGCGAACCCACGACGACGUAAAGCAGGUAACACUUGCUUUACGCUCUAUGCCACCGGAGCAGUGAAGUUUUGUGUGCCUUUCUUACAUUUUGUCUAUUCCAAUCUGAAACUGAUGGGCUGAGUUAGUAUAAAUAGCCUCUGUUUACAAAGCGGGCUACUUGCAUGGUAAAUAGACGCUCCGUAUUUUUUAUUUCUUACAAUAAGUGGUGGGGACAAAAUUGACUUUGGCAAAAAGUGGUGGGGACAUGACCCACCCAUCCACCCGCAAAUUACGCCUAUGACUUGGAUGCAAAACAAACAGCCGUGAAACACAGGCUGGCUCUUGUUCUGCAACUCUUUUUAGCGCCUCAGUGUGCCGAUAACGAAACAGCGCCUCCGCUGUGGCGUAAUGUCGCAACUGCAGUUACAAAUGACAGUCUGUUAAUGCACACAGCAUUUCUUGUGAAGACUCACAACAUCAUUUUGGCGAGAGCCUGAGGUGGCACGACAUUUUAUGGAGGUGGCCGCCUCCAAUUUCUCUAUGCAGGAAAAACCCUGGACUAGCAACAGUCAAGUUACCACCGGAUGACAGGUUUUCACCUUAUCCUUCCUUCCAUCCGGACCGCAAGACAUAAUGAACCAUUAAAAAAAAUCUUUCUGUGGUUUCAAUUGAGCAGCGCGUCUACAUAACUGAGAUGUACACAUCAUGCGCACUCAGGGACAUUUAUGUUGAUUAUAUUUUGCAGCUAUAUCCUCUAAUAUCUUUAUUUAGCAACAAACGCUUCAUUUGAACCCUUUCCGCUCCGUGAGCGCUGCUUCUCCAGCCAAAGACACGUCGCAUAUAAAGACCUGCAGACACCAAUAGCAGUGACACACGAUGCCGAUAGUGGACAAACUGAAAGAGGCCCUGAAGCCGGGCCGUAAAGACUCCAGCGAUGAGGGCGACCUCAACAAACUGCUCGCUUCAUCCGCCAAGAAAGUCCUGCUGCAGAAGAUCGAGUUUGAACCGGCCAGCAAAGGCUUCAGCUACCAGCUUGACACGCUCAAGACCAAAUACAUCAUCCUGAAUCCCAAGAACGAUGGUGCAGCGCUGCAUAGACCUCCAGAGUCCGCUCAGAUUAAGAGACAGCUGUCUGAGAGUCUGAUCGGUGGACAGAGCGAUGGCAUCCCUGCUCCACAGAAGAUGCUCUUUCCCGGGAACAAGCUCUCCAUGAAGUGGGAGAGGGUGUAUCGGGUGGGAGCCGGCCUUCACAACCUGGGCAACACCUGCUUUCUCAACUCCACCGUGCAGUGUCUCACGUACACCCCACCACUGGCCAACUACCUGCUGUCAAAAGAGCACAGCCGAUCCUGUCAUCAGUCUGGAUUCUGUAUGAUAUGUGUGAUGCAGAAUCAUAUCAUCCAAGCCUUCGCUAACACGGGCAAUGCCAUCAAACCGGUGUCCUUCAUCCGAGACCUGAAGAAAAUUGCGCGGCAUUUCCGGUUCGGCAGCCAGGAGGACGCUCAUGAGUUCCUGCGCUACACCAUUGAUGCCAUGCAGAAAGCUUGUCUAAGCGGUUAUCCAAAACUGGACCGGCAGACACAAGCCACCACUCUAAUCCAUCAGAUAUUCGGAGGUUAUUUGAGGUCACGAGUGAAGUGUUCGGUGUGUAAAAGCGUGUCUGAUACUUAUGACCCAUACCUGGACAUCGCUCUGGAGAUUCGGCAAGCGGUGAACAUCGUCCGUGCUCUCGAGCUGUUUGUCAAGCCUGAUGUUUUGAGUGGUGAGAACGCUUACAUGUGCGCCAAAUGUAAGAAGAAGGUUCCAGCAACCAAGCGCUUCACAGUUCACCGGACAUCAAAUGUUCUGACGCUGUCGCUCAAACGCUUCGCUAACUUCAGCGGAGGGAAGAUUACAAAGGAUGUCGGUUACCCAGAGUUCCUGAACAUCCGUCCGUACAUGUCUCAGAGCGCUGGUGAUCCUGUGAUGUACGGUCUGUAUGCUGUACUGGUGCAUUCUGGGUACAGCUGUCACGCCGGACAUUACUACUGCUACGUCAAGGCCAGUAAUGGACAGUGGUACCAGAUGAAUGACUCAAUGGUUCAUUCCAGUAACAUCAAGGUUGUCCUCAAUCAGCAGGCUUAUGUUCUCUUUUACCUGAGGAUCCCAGAGAAGAAGAAUACAGAUGCUUCAAAUACAAAACAGAACCUACUGCAUGCUGGGAGAAGCAACAUGACCCCCGAGCAGCUGAAGAAGAGCUCGCUCAAUGGACCUCUGUCUUCACCGCAGGUCACUAAGAAACUUGAUCCGGCUCAGCUGAGGAAAAUUCAGUCUGUUGAUGGGGGUCUUGGAGUUCCUGUAGUCAGGAAUGGUUUAGGGGUCCAUUCGCCCAAGAUGUCCAAUGGUAUGGCCCUGAGCAAACCGUCCGGUGGACCCACACUGAUCCAGGAGCCCGUAAAGAAAGUGAAGAAACCUGUACCUCAGUGUCAGCCUCGUGCCAGUCUCUCUACUUCAACCAACGGCCUCCCAAAACCUGACAGCCUGACGUCAUCUACCUCACUCAAAUCCCUGUCUGACACCUCUUCAGCGGACACCUCUGAAUCUAAAGAGUCGAUUGGCACGAGAAGCGCUCCCGCUAAUGUAUCCGGUGUGUACAGUCCAGCGUCUCCAGCUAAAAGCAUAGAGCGUGUGAUGUCAGAAGAGCAGAAGGUGGUGAAACUCAAACCACAGGCCCUCAUGAAUGUAACAUCAGAGACCGUCAGCACCAUGUCUCCUCCUCCCGCCAAACGUCUCGCCCUGUCUGCCAGAAAGGCCAAUCAGCAGCAGAGCCCGAGCUGCACAACUGAGGCUCCGCCCACCUCAUCUCUUCAUUCGUCCAGUGACUUCAGCCCGGCCCCGCCCCACCUACAUCACAGAGUCUCAGCUGAUUCGCUCCACCUGCCGUCUCUAUCUUCACCUCAUCUCUCCAAAGAAUCAAGUCUCAUUAAAUGGCCCCCGUCACCUGCUCAUGCUCCCUCACCACAGACCAAUGGCUUUCAGCCUCGACUGGCCAGUACACACGGACCAAUCCAAGGCCAGAACCUUUCUGCAUCAGCCACGGGUUUCGCGCGGGGACCCACGCAUAACGAGAAGAAAAAUAAAUUAAAGCGACGUCAUUCGGAGGUGGAGCAAGACGCCCCUGAAGCCUCUGCCACAGAAGAACCAAAGUCAAGUGUUGAAAAAAGAAAGAAGAAGAAGAAGAAGAGUAAGAGAGAGGAAACGGUAAACCGUCUCGAGGCAGACCGUGUCAAGUGUCAUCAGGAUGAGGAUUGGUUUCUUGGACAAUCCUGGAGUCUCGGUUCAGCGGUGAAGGAAAGCACUGAGGGUUAUCACAACAAACAUCAGUCAGCGUCGCCGGCCGUAGCGCCCGUCAUCGACCCCGUCCUCAAGAAGAAAAAGAAGAUGAAACACAAGCUUGUGGAGUUCAGAAAUGGAGCUGCACUUUCCAAAUGUGACGUGACAGAAGAUGAUUCUGGUGCACACACAAACACUGCAGAUAUGAACCAAACAAAGAGACAUCAGAAGGCAGAGGAGAUGAAAAGGAUUGAGUUGGAUGACGUGACGUCUCAUCAGAACACACAGAAUGCUGCUGAACUCAGCACAGCUGCAGUGAUUGUUUGGGACAGUCAGCUUCAGGACGGCUACAACCGCAAGCAGAUCUGUCCAGAAGCUGAGGGCAUGUCCAGAAGAGGCUUCGCCCCUAUGGGUUGGGACGGCAAGAGAAGCUGUGAUGUUGUUGAAGAGCUCCUGAGGAGAUCUUCAGAUAAAGCAUACGGGACUGAAGUGCUCAGUUGGGACGGCGAGCAGUCGGCUAUCAGCAGAGAUGCUAUAGAGGACACGCGCUGUGCCAAAAGCACGAGAGUCAUCGAUGAGUGGGACGAGGAGUUUGACAGUGGAAAAGUAAAGAAAAUAAAAAAAUGUAAGAAGGAGAAGCGAAGGAAUGGAAAUGUCUUCCAGAAGAUCCAGGAGCAUCGUACCAAAUGGUCAGUCACAGGCCGAGGCAGAUGGGGCAGUCUGGGAUAUCACCGCUGACAGCUGUAAAAUGUGGAUCCUGAUCAGACUGUAUGCUGAUUGGAUGAGAAGUUGCGGGAGCCGUGUCCAAAUCAUCAGUACUGUGAAACGUCUGCGCUGCCGGUCUCCUGAGGUUUGAAAUCCAUCUGUGGAGUUGUGACCGUAGUGAAUGAGGCAGACUGUGAUGUUCAUCAGAAGAAGAAUUCUGAACUCAUCAUAUCAUUCACACUGCUUAUGUGAAGAGAGAUACCUCAUGCUUCCUUUGACUCCAUAUGUCUGUUCAGCACAUGAUUCUCUCGGGAUGCUGUUAUACAAUGUCAUCUGUGUGUCACCCCUGACGACUUGCAUCGGAAUACAUGUAUUGUGCUCGUUUUAUUCUUGUUUACGACAUACUGUACCCAUCCUUCUUCAUCUCUGUGGGGGUUUAUUUCAUGUGUCAAAUAAGAAUAUCAUAGUUUGACAUAUUUUGAAGGGAAAUGAGGCUCUUGUGGCGACAGUUACUGCAUUCAAGAAAUCUCUGCAUUGUCCCAGUCUGUCAGUCAGAUCAUAUGGUCUUUUGUGCACAGUGCUGCAUACCACAACGCAAUGGACGUCAUUCGUUUCGUACACAUAAACACAAAAACACACACAGGCCUUAACACGAAGCACUGUGUGUUUGUGUCAGGAUGGCUGAAUCUCGUCUCAUCUCUUAUUCUCUAUGCAACUUUUGCACAAAUCCCACGGAUGCUUUUGGAGGGUCUUAUUGUCAGUACCACACCAAGCAUUCAUGUGUGUGUGCACAGUACUAAUGCAAAAUGGUUUCCAGUGUUUCUCCUAAAAUGAACUGCUAGGAUGACAGCGGCGUUGAAGAACAUUUGUACAGUGGAUCCUGUGCUCUCUGUGAUGCCCCUCCGUCAUCGUUCUUGUUGUUAAAAGAUCUUCCUUUUAUGAAUGCCUCUGUUUUUAGAAAAUUUGCUUUGAGUUUAAUUGAAAAACUGAAUAGAAGAUAUCACAAAUGAUACUUACAAAGAUAUGUUAAACUGCACAUUGCUAAACAGAAGCUAGUAUUAAAGUUUUAUUGAAUUGUAGUUUCUGUAUUUCUCUUUGAAUUGAGAUAUUUUCAGAAAGACAGAAGUCUAAAGAACACAUUAGUGUAUCAUGUUUGAAUUGAUGCUUCUGUAUCUAAUGCCUUUCCUGACAGAGAGAAGUCAUUCAAUAUUGCAGAUACAUAAACAUAGAUAUACUGGUGCAAUAAAGUUGUGACUUUUGUGAACUUU